AUGGCCUGCACGCCCACCGAUGGCCCCACCAUGGACGUCCCCAUGGUACACAGAAGCUGCCCGCCCAGAGGCGGCGGCGUCUCCACCAAUUUCAAGGUCACUUGUGACUUCGGUGGAACGGUGGAGAACGCCAAGGUGAACGUCAGCAAGCUGUAUCUACGCCAAAUCUUUGCGGGCUGCAAUGCGAAUCAGUCAAACGUGAUACAGCCCAAUGCCGCGACAGGGCUUGGUAAAACUGUUGUGAACAAUUGGGGGAUCUAUGACGGCCCUUGCUCCCAGGCGAAACUGGUUGCCCACGGGCACGGCAUGCACACACUUGCCGGCAAAUGGAGCAAUUGGUUCACCCUGGUGUUUGUGGCCGGAAGGUUCAAAGGGUCCACUCUUCAGGUUAUGGGAGCUAAUGAUGAUGAUGAAGAAAAUGAGUGGGCCAUUGUAGGUGGGACCGGUGAAUUCUCAAUGGCACGUGGUGUCAUCAACAAAAGAGUACACAGUUGCAUAGGCAAUACAAUAACACAAGAGCUUACUAUUGAAUUUUUCUGCCGCAUGAAGGAGGUCGUCGUCUGUCCACCUACACAGAUCGCUCCACCUAUAGAGAUCACUGCACCUACAAAGAUCCAUGCACCUAUAAAGCAAGGACCAUGGGGUGGAAUGACUGGAGGCUCCCUUCAUGAAAUGGGAGGCAAAUCACGUCGUCUAGAAAGUGUAACAAUCUACCAUCAUGGUGCAGUUGAAGGGCUUCAGUUUUCCUACGUUGACGAAGACGGGCAAAUCCACACCACUGAUACUUGGGGUGUCAAUCGGGGCUUGUUCACGAACGAAAUAAAGUUUGGCCCAUCAGAGUUUGUGAAGCAGAUCAGUGGGGCUGGGACAUUGGGAUCCUGGCUAUCACAACUUAAGAUCGUCACCAACACCAAUACGUAUGGUCCUUUCGGAACUAUCCCCAGCCAAGCAUUCAGCUAUACCGUGCCGGAGAAUGCGACCGUGGUGGGCUUCUUUGCAGAAACUCUAAAUGUUUUCAUCACAAGGAUUGGUGUUUACACAAUCCCUAAAUAA